AUGGAUAUUGCAACUUGUGUUGGCCUUGCUUCGGUUGAAGCUGCAGGAUUGUCUAGACGCACAGCUUGGCUCACUGUACCACCGUUGAAGGUCUUUCUUGGCCUUUUCGUGCUGCAUUAUGUGAUAAUCAAGAUCUAUCGGUUUAUCCUAUAUCCAAAUUUUGUCUCUCCCUUGAGACAUGUUCCUGGACCCAAGAAUCUCAAUCCCCUCCUUGGACAAGAGUACAACAAGUACACAUCGCCAUCUCCGCUUACAUGCUCACUCGAGUGGUCCAAGAAAUGGCCAGACGCGCCCUUCAUUCGAUAUCUUUCUGUCGCAGGGAAGGAGGUCCUUAUGUGCAACAGUAUAGAAGCGUAUAAGGCCGCCCUCCAGACACAUUGCUACGACACCAUCAAGUCACCGUUCUAUUCCAAGCUGGUAAAGGAGAUAUCCGGUGUCGGCCUGCUCUUUGCCGAAGGGGACUAUCACAAGCAGCAGCGACGAUUGCUUGUAGGCCCGUUUUCGGUUCCGAACAUGAGAAAGAUCCUACCGCUUUUCCAUGACAAAGCCCGAGCCCUUGCAGGGGUUUUUGACGACAAAAUUGAUGACAAGGGUUUUGGUUCACUUGAAGUGAUGUCUCUUUUAUCCAAGGUCACACUAGAUAUAAUCGGUGUUGCUAGCCUCGGCGUCGAACUCGAAGAACUAUCAGGAUCAGGACCGGGGUUUUCGCAGCAUUAUCAUGAAUUACUCCACCCAGGCCUACUGGGACGCCUCAUUUGGAUUACCAAUGCAUUCGUUCCAAUCCGAGGAUUCCUACCACUAGAAGCGAACCGGAGAUGGACAAAUUCGAGAUUGCAAAUACGUAGCAUGCUACGUAGACAGAUUCGGAAGAGAGUUCGUGAAAUGGACGAGGAUAUCACUCAAGCUUUUCCGAACAAGGACCGAGAUCUGUUGACAUAUAUGCUUGAGGAGGCGAUCUCACACAAGGAGGAGACAGGGGAGAUUCCCUGGACUGAAGACGAGCUUAUUGAGCAUUUGGUGAUCUUUACGGUUGCCGGGCAUGAAACUUCAGCACUCAUGCUUACAUGGGCUUUGUAUGCUCUGAGUACCGAUCCGGCCAUCCAGAGUAGACUGCGCGUUGAGAUUAUGGAGCUUCUCGAAAAGUCGCCAAAGCCAGAGUAUGACGACCUUGCUGGCUUGGCAUUGCUCAACAAUUUCUGCCGCGAAGUUCUUCGAGUCUACAGCCCAGCAAUGAUUGUAACCCGUGAGUCCAUAAUAGACCUUGUCAUCGAAGGGCAGUACAUCCCAAAAGGAAUACAAUUGGACAUGCCGCCGUCCGUGAUGCACUUCCAUCCACGCAUAUGGGGCGAUGACGCACACACAUUUGACCCCGACCGCUGGGACAAUCUGACUGGGGAUGCAGCAAGUCCUUACGCGUGGGAGCCCUUCAUUCAAGGGCCAAGACAGUGUCCUGGGAAGAAUUUUGCCCUGAUUGAGAUAAAGGCUAUACUGGCAGCGCUCAUAAGUAGAUUCCGAUUUAUCGGGAUUGAGAAGUACGAUGGCAGUGGAAAGUUGAUGACGGAUGAGGAAGCCAAACUUGGCCAUGGGGUGAAGCCAGAAAACCCAAGUCUUACCUUUUCCCCCAUUGGAGGCUUGACAGUGAGAUUUGAAAGGAUCUGA